UCGAUUUCAAAGGAAAAUUUUACGCCGACCAGUUUGAAAGAAAAGAGAAAAUUGCAGCUAAAAAAAAGUCGACGGAAUCUCGAAAUAAAAUUUUCUAAAAUUCCCUGCGUGCAACCCCAGUCAUAAGGGGAUGAUGAUGACCACUGCGGGUGGACCAGCCCAGCCGGGGACAAUAAUCCCGGCAUCAUUUGCAGGGAUGCAUAACGAAACCCUAAUCCCUGACCCGAUGACGUGCAUCCCUGCUGAAGGCAGCCAUACCCCAACAAGAGAUCCCUCCGGGGGAUUUUUGUGGCCAGGGGCAAUGAAAGAAGAUCAGCCGAUUCCCCAUCACCCUUACUACCCCCACCACACCCACGCUGCACCGUUCCUCAUUCCGGAAGCGGGAUUCGGGGUGAAUCAAACGUCCCAAGAUGGAGAACUGAUGGAUACUCACACAUCGACCCCAACAGCAGGAUUCCACGCCAAACAAUCAGUCAAGAAAGAGGAUUUUAAAGACGACAAUUACUUCACUGUGCGGAACUCCUACCAAGAGAAAUACCGGGAAUCUUUUUUCAAAGAUGAUGAAGCUCCACGGCAGAGAUACGAGGAACUGAAGUUCGACAACAUCUCGGAUGAAUUCUCUGUCCAUAGAAAAUUAUUAACUUCCGACGAAUUUCAAAAUAAUCCAACUUACGGUGAAAUGAGAUCCUAUAUAGAUGGUCGCGAAAUGCACGCAGGCAUGAAUAACUUUCACCCAUUAAACAAUUAUUCGAAUUUCUUUCACCCAAAUAAUUACAGUUCAACUAACUAUUUAUUACCUUACUCAACCUCAAGCCUUUGCGAUGGCACGGAUACUCAUCUAGAUCGACAUUCAUCCAUACCAUCAUCCAUGGCGGUGCCUUCAUGCCCAAUCCUGCCUCCAUCAUGCAUGUCACCCAUGAGUAACUCCAGUAAUUCACCGGCCUCUGGGGUCUUCACCCAGUCAUCCAUGAGUGACAUGGGUGGAUGUUCGGAUUUAUCGGAUGCUGGAAACAUGAGGACACACUUGGACAAUCCCGGAUUACCACCAGGAUUAGGGAAGAAUGGGUAUCCUUCAAGUACCUUGGAGGACCUCCAGCACGAUUCGUUGACCAGACUUGAUGAGUCUAACUAUGAUAGACAAGACGACCUGUUGAAUCCAUCGAUGAUGAUGCAGUCCGACCCCCCGUUGACAUCCCCCCACGUCAAGAGCUUGAGUUCCCUUUGCCCCCCAUUCCCCGAGGCCAGAGGGGCAUAUACACCCCUUAACGCGGCCGACGCCAACGCUAAACUUAAAGAUUCCGAUAAAGGAAAAUGCAAUGAAAAUUCGGGAAGGUCGCGGAGCAAGAGAAAACCUAGGGUCCUCUUUUCGCAGGCUCAGGUCUCAGAGCUCGAGCGGCGGUUCAAACAACAGCGCUACUUGUCGGCGCCCGAACGCGAGCAGCUCGCCGGCAUCCUGAAACUUUCAAGCACUCAGGUGAAGAUUUGGUUCCAGAACCGGCGGUAUAAAUGCAAGCGCCUGCGCCAGGACCUGACGCUGGAGCAGAGCGCCGCUGCUGCUGGGGGAGGCGCCGCCGUGGGGCACGUCUCGGUCACGCCUUCGUCGAUGGCAGCGGCGGUGGCAGCUGCUGCUGCCGCUGCCACGUCGCCACGACGGGUGGCAGUGCCGGUGUUGGUGCGGGACGGCAAGCCUUGCCCCGCAUACUCCUCCAGCUUCCCAAGCUCCUCAACAGCCCCACAGUUCGGUCCCCAGUACUCCUCCCCAUCCCUGUACCAAUGCCCACCAGCCCCAUACUCCCCCCACGGGGCCUCUUCUUCCCCUUUUCCUCCCCAUUCCUCCCAGAACAGCCACAAUUUACCCUAUAUGAACCACGGGGUGCCUUUUGGUUCUCAGCCGGCGAUUAGGAGUGGCUGGUGAUUGAGCAAUUUGCUUUACUCAUAAAUGUCAUAAAAAUAUGGGUAAGAAAUACAUGUUAUGCCCGCAUAUUACUCGACUUGAUCUUGCACAAAUAUUCAGAAUAGAAUAUAAAUUUCCAGAACAUUUUUAUUACUAUGUUACAACGCAAAAGUAAAUUGUUAUGAAUCAUUAAACAAGGUGAGGCGUUCAUUCAUCACGCGGGUAUUUAAGCAAUUGUAAAAUACUUCUCAUAGCAUUAAAACAACUUCAAUAUAUCACAGAGUGCAUGUCACAAUGAUAUUAUAUAUUCUCAUUUCCGAUGAAAAAUUUUUUGAAUAAAGAUAAAACAUGUACCAAAUUGCACAUCCACACAUCUUUAAUCCAUUGACCUUUUUUCAGCACAUAGAUCAACCACUAUGGCAAUCGUUUCCUAGACGUAUUAUCAUAUUUUAUGUGCUCCAAUAUUACAAAUUCAAUACGACAAAUAUCAAUAUUGUUUCGCUAUAAACAUACACUAAUUAAUAACACAGUUGUUGCAACUGGGUUUUGGUCUGCAAUUAGAAUCAUACUAAGUGCCUUACGAAUGCCAGAUGUAAAUAUAUAGAAUUUAUUAUUCCAAGUAUUUCAGAAAGAAUCUUAAUAUAGAUUAUAGUGUUUUCCGAUAUAAAUUAUCGAUAUUCAUUCGAUCACAUCGUUUGUUACGAAUUUUGAAUAACUUUGAA